UCCUCCUCCUCUUCCUCCUCCUGAGGUCAGGACAACCUGUAGCUGGUGUGAGUCAUUCUCAGGCCAGCCAGACCCGGGUGGACCCACUGGAUCUUUGAAUUUUUGCCUUAUUCUUUUUUUUAACAGACAUUGGUCUGUUAUCAUCAUUGUCAUCUUUGGUGUCUUCAUUAUCAUUCAUUGUUUGCAUCGGCAGGUGUGGUCAAGUGCUCUCGAGUGAAGAUGUUCCUGGAAAAUAAGAGUAACCCUGAGGUGGAGAUGUCUCAGACUGGGGGCCAGGGUCACCCUAACAGGGUGGGCCGGAGAAAGUCUGAAGGUGUGUCUGAGGACUUUGAUGAGCUUCGUCUGCUGGAAGGCUUCUCUGGGAAAAGAGAGACACAGAAAUUGCUUCAGGCUGCAGCCAUGCCAGCGGGACACUGUAUAAUCUACACAGACGUCCAUCAGGAGGAUCGGCACAGCUUUAACAUGGUAAACCUUUUCAAUGGCAAAUCUAACCAGACCAAGCACACGGAACGGUCACCUCUUCUCAAGUUUCCCCAGAAUGACAGUAUAACCUACAUGACGCUACAUGACCCCGGUCUGGGUCCCGGAGAGGAGUCAUGGGAGGCAAGCUCUGCUGAACUGGAGAGAAGGUGCAGGUUGGGCAGUGAGGUCACCAGUCUCUCCCAUAUCACUUCAACUGAGAAAUGUGACAAUUACUUCAAACUUUCAUCCCCCAUCAGAUAUUGCUUAAGAACAACAAUACUCAGCACCAUCUUCGCCAUUGUUGUUCUCUGUUCGCUGUUUUUCAGCAUGUAUCCAGACAGGGAGAGACCCUGGAGAAUGCUGGCGGUAUCCUCCACUGAGAGCUUUUCUAUGAACUUGACCAAUUUUCGGGACAACGCCCUGCUGAAGUUGCAGGUUGGUGGGCCGUUUUUGGGAGGGAUAGAGGAAGUACAGGAAGCUCAAGAGUAUAUUCUGAUCCAGGUGGAGCAGACUGAGGAGGCAGGGCCUAGACGGAGAAGAACUCAACAGGUGCUUUAUAACUGGACUAUACCUUUGCAUUCCCAACGAAAUGACCAGAUUCUGAAAACCAGAACAUUUGAAAUGGUUAGCAGUGAUCCUAUUCAGAUCAGUAUCCAGGCCUUUCUGGUAGACAAUCAGGUGGUCACUCUCUCCAUGACUCACCAGUCACUCUACGUAACCGUGGAAACACAGGUGCUUAUCGCAGGAUUGAUCCUGGCAGGAGUCUAUGUUCUCAUCAUCUUCGAGAUUGUUCACCGCACUUUGGCUGCCAUGUUAGGAUCCCUUUCUGCUCUGGCUGCACUCGCUUUCAUUGGAGACAGGCCAAGCUUAAUGACUAUUGUGGAAUGGAUCGACUACGAGACUCUUGCUUUCCUGUUUGGAAUGAUGAUACUGGUGGCAAUAUUCUCUGAGACGGGCUUCUUUGACUACUGUGCAGUGAAGGCAUAUCAGUUGUCUCGAGGAAGAGUGUGGCCAAUGAUUUUCAUUCUCUGCCUGAUUGCGGCCGUUCUGUCAGCUUUCCUUGAUAACGUGACCACCACGAUGCUCUUCACCCCUGUUACAAUCAGAUUGUGUGAGGUGCUUAAUUUGGACCCCAGGCACGUCCUGAUUGCUGAGGUCAUCUUCACUAACAUCGGGGGAGCCGCCACUGCUGUUGGAGAUCCCCCUAAUGUCAUCAUCGUGUCCAACCAGGAUCUGCGUAUAAAAGGGAUCGACUUUGCGACCUUUACAGGCUACAUGUUCCUGGGAAUCUGUUUGGUGUUGCUGACCUCCUUUCCUUUCCUGAGAAUGCUUUACUGGAACAAGAAACUUUACAACAAGGAAUCCAUCGAAAUCGUGGAACUGAAGCAUGAGAUUCUGGUGUGGAGGCAGACAGCCCAUCGCAUAAACCCAGCCAGCAGAGAAGAGACCGCUGUCAAGUGUCUUCUCAUGCAGAAGGUGCUCAAUCUGGAAAACCUUCUGCGAAAGAAGCUCAAGACCUUCCAGAGACAAAUAUCACAGGAAGACAAAAACUGGGAGUACAAUAUUCAAGAACUGCAGAAGAAGCACAGAAUAACUGACAAAGUCCUCCUGGUCAAGUGUCUGACUGUCUUGGGCUUGGUCAUCUUCAUGUUUUUCCUCAACUCCUUUGUUCCAGCAAUACAUCUGGAUCUGGGUUGGAUUGCUAUAUUGGGAGCUCUGUGGUUACUGGUACUGGCUGAUAUCCAGGACUUUGAUAUUAUACUUCACAGAGUGGAAUGGGCUACGUUGUUGUUCUUCGCUGCUCUGUUUGUGCUUAUGGAGGCCAUAGCCCAGCUGCAGCUUAUCGACUACAUUGGCGAGCAGACGGCAGUGUUGAUAAAAGCUGUGCCAGAGGAUGAGCGGUUGGCCAUCGCCAUCAUUUUGGUCAUGUGGGUCUCAGCACUGGCCUCUUCUCUCAUAGACAACAUACCCUUUACUGCAACUAUGAUUCCAGUGCUUAUAAACCUCAGUCAAGAUGCAGAUGUCAACCUGCCCAUUAAACCGCUAAUUUUUGCAUUAGCUAUGGGAGCUUGUCUUGGAGGAAAUGGGACUCUGAUUGGAGCAUCUGCUAAUGUGGUGUGUGCAGGGAUUGCCGAACAACACGGCUAUGGAUUUUCUUUCAUGGAAUUCUUCAGGCUCCAGUGCUGUACUCACCUUGUCCUGUUCGUCCUGUCGGUGUUCUGACCAUCGUCUCAGUCGACGCAGAGCUGUGGCUUUUCCUCACGGAGAUUGUUACAGGCGAGUCAUCCAGUUCUCCUCUGGGGUGCCUCUCGAGGAUUCUACCAAGGGAGACCUUCUACUCGACUGUGCGAGCUGCGCACGGGGAUUUCUGCAUGGUCACCGCCUAACGGACUCUUGUUAACACCCGCUACUAUUCAGUAAGGAUCACCCCCGUGGGGUUAAGAACUCUGGCCUCUGGCCUUCCCGUGUCUGACUCGCUACAGCCGGUUUUCCGGUCAACUCUCCAGCCCGGUUGGGUUUUUUGUGGACUCCUGUCACCUCACUCGCCUUCCGCUUGCUGCGGAUAUUUUUUGGGGGGUUUUUUUGUUUAACGGUCGUUUGGCCGAGCGCUCGAGCCUUUUUGUUUGAUUUCCCUGUCAUGAACUGUUUUUGCUGUCUUUAUUUUUGAGUGUGGGAGUUUUUGAUUAAAUCUGCUGACCCUGCUUUUGACUCCAGUGUCCUCCUUAACAAUAUAGAUGACACUAUACAUUUGCAUUCGCAUGCAGGUGUGGAUUAAAUGUAAGCAUAGUACAUACACAUGUAUUUGCAUCUGCAUUUUCGUCAAUGCUGAAUUAAUUAAAUGGAGUCUAUAGCAAAACACUUCCAGCAAAGAAUCCAUAAAAGCCAUCGACUAGCUUUGGGGAAGAUAAACAUUCGAUGUAACCAAAACACUUGAGACAACAGCGGCUGAUUUACGUGGAAAAAGUCCUUGUUCUGUUGUUUCCAAUAGCAGAAACCCCCGCUUUUGCAAAUCUCCCAUGUCAUGUGAUGUAAUUAGCAUUGCCAUUUACAACUGCUGUGUCUCG